ACUAUGACAUCUCGAAAAAUAUGUUUAAUAAUUUUUUUAUCUGAUUUAUUUUGAUAUAUAUUUUUUUAUGUUUUACAUAGAUCUCAUAGAAAAGCAAUGUGUCUUUGUCGCAGAGUAGCAUAUUGUUUGGGCAAUAUAACUUAUAUAUUUGAGAGGUUAGCAUCAUGUUGUGCUUUAACGGCUGUGGUAACUUGCAUGAUGACCACACUAUUGAUCAUGUUGGCCAUCGGUGUCGGCUUGGGAUAUAAUUACUGCUUCGUUGACAUACAGACUGGAAGAAAUAAAGAGGACGAAUACCCGAUCAUAUUUAGUCCUAUCCAUCAACACGUCACAAGAAAUAUAAAAGAAAGCACCGUAGAAACCUUGACGAAAACGGAGAAAGCUGCUACAGAAAGCCCGGAGGUGAUCCAGCUCACCAUGAGGAGUAAUUUGCAAAAACCUAUCAACUACAACAGUCUUGUAGAUAAAAUAAGACGAAAACGAAGGAAUGUAACACUGGAGUUAUAUUUUUAAAGCUCACGGUCUUUUAACAUAAGUUUUACAUUGGCAUUUUGAGAUGUGUUAUUUUCAAUAAAAAUCUUAUCGUCUUAGGAAUUCAUUUAUCUGUGACGUGUACUCGUAAGUGGUUGUUAAAGUCAUUAAGCCAUUAUAAUGUACACUGUUGGAUUAUUUUAGAUUUAUAACUGAUAAUAUUCUUAAAUUACAAUCUGUAAUGUGUCACUGUUAUUGAUAAUCUACGUGUCAGCUUUUCUCUUGUUGAAUGUCUAUCUGUAUGAUCGACUUAAUAUAAA